GACUAUUGUUCCCUUUUUCAAGCCUGACCAAUACCAAUUCUUUCUUGUCUUUGACACGUCGCAGACACUUCAGGACAUAUAUACAACAUCGAACCUCGUCCAUCACUUUCCUCUUUGUGUCACCUCUCUAGCUUCACCCGAUCACGGCCCAAUAGUCAAGAUGAGCUCCCUUGCGACAAAGCAGCAGUCGCUUAAGAUCUUCGAGAAGUUGAAGACUAAGCCUGCGAACAAGAUCUGCUUCGACUGCGGCCAAAAGAACCCUACAUGGACCUCUGUCCCCUUUGGCAUCUACCUCUGCCUUGACUGCUCCUCCAACCACCGAAACCUUGGUGUCCACAUCUCCUUUGUGCGAUCAACGAACCUCGACCAGUGGCAAUGGGACCAGCUCCGAGUGAUGAAGGUUGGCGGCAAUGAGUCUGCUACCAAGUUCUUCCAGCAGAAUGGCGGCACCGCGGCGCUGAACAGCAAAGAUCCCAAGACCAAGUACCAAUCUAACGCCGCUACAAAGUACAAGGACGAGCUCAAGCGCCGUGCUGCGCGCGAUGCCCAGGAUUAUCCCACUGAAGUUAUAAUCACCGACGCUAUUGACGAUGGAUCCGCUACCCCUGCCGGCGAGCCUGACGACGAUUUCUUCUCUUCUUGGGAUAAGCCUGCCAUCAAGAGACCUACGCCCCCUGUCUCUCGCACCGGAACCCCCCCUGUUGUCGGUCGCACGCCUUCUCCCUUCUUGAACUCUGGUAACGGCAAGGAUAUCGCCCGUACAGCUUCGCCUCUUUCCCGAACCUCCACUGGCGAGAACAAGCCUGCAAGCCGAAUCACUACAUCUGCCGCUCUCCGCAAGACGCCCGCUUCCACUGGCCCCCGAAAGGCCAACGUCCUCGGUGCCAAGAAGACCACCAAGCUCGGCGCAAAGAAGGUCACUGCAGACAUCAUUGACUUUGACGAGGCUGAGAGGAAGGCCAAGGAGGAGGCGGAUCGCAUUGCCAAGCUUGGCUAUGAUCCCGAUGCUGAGGAGGACCCUGCCACCAAGAACUCCGGAUCAGCUGCUGCCAUUAUCUCCCCCACUCCUGUUGCACCCAGCCGUGGAAGCGCCUCAUCGCAUACACGACAGAAGUCAGAUGCCGAGGUUGAGCGACUGGGUAUGGGUAUGAACCGUCUGGGUUUCGGACAAGUUGGUGGUCCCAAGGCCGCCGCUUCUUCUGCCCCGAAGAGGAAUGCUGGAGGUUUUGGUUCCGUUGGCCCCGUCAGGGCUCAAGACGUUGAUGACUCUGAGCGAUACGCUCGUGAAAAGUUUGGCACCCAGAAGGGUAUCUCUUCCGAUGAGUUCUUCGGCAAGGGUGCUUUCGACCCCAGCCAACAGUCCGAGGCCAAGACCCGACUCCAAGGUUUCGAGGGCGCAACUGCCAUUUCUUCAAACGCCUACUUCGGACGACCAGAGGACGAGCCCGAGGAGGAGUACGGCGACCUCGAGUCUGCGGCCAAGGACUUUGUGCGCAAGUUUGGUAUCACAGCUGGCGAUGAUCUUGAGAACCUCACACAAAUGGCUGGCGAGGUUUCAACUCGACUCCAGGGAGCCAUCCGUUCAUACCUUGGAAACUAAGAGGUGCUGUCAUUGGGUGAGAUGAAUAUAUGGGAGCAUGAUGGAGCUUUGAAGUUUGAACAAGGUCCUGUCGGAGAAAAAGCAGCAGUUGCGGUGAACCAGAAUAUGCAUGCGCUGCCUCGAUUACCACUAGUUAUCGAGUACAAACAUGGCGCGGCGCAUUGAAACUGUGCGUUUUGCAUGAAUCUGAGUCGGGAUGCUUUUGGAGCUGGCGUAUAUGCGAUGUCAAAGUUAUAGUUGACUGCUUUGGUUACUCUAGUAUGAAAUAGAUUUGAUGUUUUCUUAGUUUACGAUAUAAAAGAUAAUCCCUUGUCUA